CCUACCAACCACCCUUGAGACAGCGGAGGCCCUCUUCCAGCACGUCUUUCGGAACUUCGGCCUCUCGGAAGAGAUAGUCUCCAACCGCGGGCCCCAGUUUACACGUCUGGAGGGCUUUCUUUUCGACUACUGGUGGUGUCUGUCAACCUGACGUCUGGCUACCACCCACAGUCCAAUUGCCAGGCCAAACGGAAGAUCCAGGAAUUGAGUCAGAAAUGCUGGAGAUGGCGCAGACGAAAAGGCUGAAGGAUUCAGAGUCGGAUUCAAACUCGGACUCUGAUCAGGAGCAGGAAAACGUGAAAAGAUGCUUAAAAGUCUUAAAAAGGCUCGUGCUUAUGAGAAAUGCACAGACAUCCUGACUGCAGGCACAGAAACAUAUACAAAGAUACAGAGGCCGAGAGAUGAUGGAAUGUUCAUCUGUAUAUUUUGUGUUCGUUCCUGUACUCAAACAGACCGACCCUGAAAACAACGAUUACAGAAUUGAAAGUGGUGCAACGAGAAACUUUCAGGUGUUAGAGAACCCAAAAAGGGGCCUAAAAGAUGGAGAUGGAACUUCUAGAGAACCUGCAGGAGCAGAAGGAGCUGAAUCAGCGACAGGCUCGGGUGGAUUUGAGUCCAUGCUGCAGCAGUCCAGUGAGCUGCAGAAGAGACGGAAGGAACAGGAGCAGGAGGAGGAUGAGAGAACUUCAAAAUACUAUCCCCUGGAUUUUAAUCAAUAAAAAUCCCCAAAAUUAAAUGCCCUAAAUAUCGUCAGUUUAGAUCGGUUAGACUGAUGGCUCCUUUCAACAUGAGGUGUAAGAGUUGUGGCAAGCACAUCUACAAAGAAACAACGCUUAAUGCUCAGAAAGAGACGGUGCAGAAUAAGCUGUAUCUGGGCGUGCCCAUCAUUCGUUUUUCAAUUAAAUGCACGAGAUGUUCGGCAGAGAUCACGUUUAAGACCGACCCUGAAAACACUGAAUAUUUAAUAGAACAUGGUGCAACGAGAAACUGUCAGGUGUUAGAGAACAGAAAACGGGACUCAAAGAUGGAGAUGAAAGUCCUGGAGAACCUGCAGGAACAGAAGGAGCUGAAUCAGCGACAGGCUCGGGGGUCCAUGCUGCAGCAGUCCAGUGAGCUGCAGAAGAGACGGAAGAAACAGGAGCAGGAGGAGGAUGAGAGAGAACUGGAUCUCCUCCUUGUGGAACAACCCCACCUGCAGUGUGGUACUGCGCACCAGUUAUUUUACCCACCUGCAUCCUGGUGGUGGUUGAGCCCUUCUCGAAGGCCUGUCGGUUCAUCUCCCUGAAGGGCCUACCAACCACCCUUGAGACAGCGGAGGCCCUCUUCCAGCACGUCUUUCGGAACUUCGGCCUCUCGGAAGAGAUAGUCUCCAACCGCGGGCCCCAGUUUACACGUCUGGAGGGCUUUAUUUUCGACUACUGGUGGUGUCUGUCAACCUGACGUCUGGCUACCACCCACAGUCCAAUUGCCCCAGUUUACACGUCUGGAGGGCUUUCUUUUCGACUACUGGUGGUGUCUGUCAACCUGACGUCUGGCUACCACCCACAGUCCAAUUGCCAGGCCAAACGGAAGAUCCAGGAAUUGAGUCAGAAAUGCUGGAGAUGGCGCAGACGAAAAGGCUGAAGGAUUCAGAGUCGGAUUCAAACUCGGACUCUGAUCAGGAGCAG